UUCUCAGUCUAUAAAUCGGUUCCGUGGAAAGUUAACCUCGAAAUUUUUUGAAGCUAUCGAAGCUUUUAAGUUCUAUAUGCUAAUUUAUUGCCAAUGAAUAUUUAAAAUCUGUCCUAAAUUUAGAAUUUUUUUUUCGUUUUAUCUCAGUCUCCGUGUUUUUUAACCAUCAUUGAGUGCUAAUGUUUUCAUUCGUGAUUUGAAAAGUCACUCUUUCGUGAGCAGUGGAAUUUGAUUAAAUUACCGAUGAUAAGUAUUCAAGAUUUUGGAUUUGUCCUGAUUAGAAGUUAUAAAAACUACUGUAUCAGCAGUCUUGAAUGCUGCUUAUUUCUGGAAACCAAAGUAAUGCCAGGCAGUUUGUUGUUAUGAGUGCUGGUUUCGGGAGGAGGGGUGAACCACCCGCAGUAGUAGUGACGCUGCUAGUGUGCAUGUGCGUGUGUGUGGAGAUCACUGAUGCGCGUCACUUCUCGUCACAAUGGGCCGCACACAUCGAAGGAGGUACUGAGCAUGCGCAGAGGAUAGCCCAGAGACAUGGUUUCACGUUUCUAGGAGAGAUAUUUCCGGACUGUUACCAUCUUCAACAUUCGAGUGUGGCGAGAAGAUCGAUUUCACCAAGCAAUGAACACCAUGACAAUUUAUUAUCUGAGAGAGAGGUGAAGUGGGCACGUCAGCAAAAAGUGAUAUCCAGAUCGAAAAGAGAUUUCACAAAAACACAAUCUUUGUUUCCAUUGAACGACCCGAAAUGGACUCAGAUGUGGUAUCUGAACCGUGGAUCAGGGUUGGACAUGUCUGUGCAAGAGGCGUGGAACGAAGUGACAGGGAAAGGGGUGGUUGUAACUAUUCUAGACGACGGACUCGAGAGGGACCAUCCCGAUCUACUUAAAAACUAUGACCCACAAGCCUCUUACGACGUUAACAACCACGACGAUGACCCGAUGCCAAGGUACGACCUGAUCGACUCAAAUCGUCACGGAACCAGAUGUGCCGGAGAAGUGGCGGCUGUGGCCAACAACUCCUUGUGUUCCGUUGGCAUCGCCUACAAUGCUAACAUCGGUGGCGUCCGCAUGUUGGAUGGUGACGUCACUGAUGCUGUCGAAGCUAGGUCGCUGAGCCUCAACCCACAGCACAUAGAUAUCUACUCGGCCUCAUGGGGUCCGGAUGACGAUGGGAAAACUGUGGACGGGCCUGGGGAGCUCGCCGUCAGGGCGUUCAUGGAGGGUGUUACGAAGGGUCGGGGAGGCAGAGGCUCCAUAUUCAUAUGGGCAUCCGGCAAUGGAGGCAGAGACCACGACAACUGUAACUGUGAUGGAUACACGAAUUCCAUAUGGACACUGUCCAUUAGUAGUGCCACUGAAAAGGGAUUUGUGCCUUGGUACUCUGAAGCAUGCUCUUCAACUUUGGCUACGACAUACAGCAGUGGCUCCAACGGAGAAAAACAGGUGAUAACGACCGACCUGCACCGCAUGUGCACUGUGUCACACAGUGGCACAUCAGCGUCGGCCCCCCUGGCAGCCGGCAUCUGCGCCCUCGCCCUGGAGGCCAACCCCCAGCUCACGUGGCGAGACAUGCAGCACAUUGUUGUCGCCACCGCGCGGCCCGCCAACCUCAAGGCGCCCGACUGGACGACCAACGGCGUCGGUCGCAACGUGAGCCAUUCUUUCGGAUAUGGAUUGAUGGACGCAGCGGAAAUGGUGAAGCUGUCGCGAAAAUGGAGAACUGUGCCGGAACAACAGAGGUGUGAAGUCAUCGCCAAUCAUUCUGACAAACUGAUACCAGCAAAGAGCUCAGUGAAAUUGACUCUGGAUGUGAAAGAAUGCCCUGGAGUCAACUAUCUAGAACAUGUACAGGCAAAAAUCUCGCUGAACGCUCAACGUAGGGGCGAUCUGCAAAUACAUUUGACGUCACCCUCAGGUACAAAAUCCACCCUGCUGGCACGCCGACCUCACGACGUUUCAAGGGUUGGAUUCCAGCAAUGGCCGUUCAUGUCCGUACAUACUUGGGGAGAAUCACCAGUGGGCGUCUGGCAUUUGGAGAUACACAACGAAGGCCGUUUCUUAGGUAGGGGACAAUUGCAAGACUGGACCAUGAUGUUCUACGGCACAGAAUCGGCGCCAAUGUCGGCCAUCGACCACGAACAAAGACGCCCGUCAACAAUCAAAAUGGCAACCGGUAAAACUGCGCCAAAAGUUCCAGCAGACACCGUAACAGGUGCACCGGACUCUUCCGGUGCACCGCCGGACACCGCCGGGAGUGCUCCCAAAACGCACGCCAACCAGCCGAGCAAUGCUCCCAAAACGCCACCACCCGAAGUCAGCGAGGUGUUCAACACCGUCCGGGAUCACGGUGACGAUCACGGUAGCGGCACGGUGACGAAAAAUCACGGACCGUUCGAUGCGACAUCUAGCGCUGACAACCUCAUCUGUCGACGGUCCGCCAACAUUUGUUUAGAUUGUGGCCCAGAUAUCUACGUUACAGAUGGAACAUGUAGCAAAACAUGCCCAGAUGGUACAUAUCCCAGCAGCACACAUUGCUUACCAUGCUAUUACAUGUGUAAGACAUGUUCAGGUCCCAACGAUUAUGAAUGCACUGCAUGUCACGGAGAUGCUAUACUAGUUACGGUCACCCAUCCAGAAGCCGUGUGCGAGUCCACGUCACUUAACCACAAUAAGUUAUAUGCCACUUGGUACGAACGCAUGUUCUAUGCUCUAAUUGCGAAUUUAGUGGUUUUAGUUAUUUUGGGCGUUUAUUUGUUGACUCAGUCUAGGAAUUGUAGGGCCAGGUAUAGUUGUGGACAAGGGGGAAAAAGGUAUUUGAAAAACAUUUUGACGCCGGUUAACGAUAAGGGGCAGAUUAGGUAUAAUUUGACGGCUGAUUGUAGUGAUAGUGAAUAACCAAUUUUAAUCUAGUUGACAGAGAUCAAUUUUGAUCCUAUAGUGAAGUCCACGUUAUAAUGGCAGUGGAGAAAGAUAGGAGAUCUUGUCGUGCCUUCUUGACUGUAGCUGAUACGGGUUUAUUGAUGUAGUCUGUUCUGAAUAUGUUAAUCGUUCCUUUUUUCUAUUAUGAUGUAGUGCUAGUAUGCAAUGGGUCUUGCAAGACCUGGCAAUACAUUGUCAUAUGUGAUAAACAAUAAAGAAUAUAUAAAGAAUAUAGUCUAAUAUUAACAGUUCAUUCUCAUUUAGAAUAAUCGCAAUUAUAUUUUAUAAAGCAAGAAAUCAUAUUUUUCAAUAAUUUCAUAAUAAAUUUUCAUAAUCAAGAUGAAAUAUUUUGUUAAUUAAUUAUCGAUUCUACAUUUUUAAAAGUCAAUCUGGCAACAGAGCAAAGCGAGAACGAGAUAGCGCUAUCCGCUUUAUUGAAUGAUAGAAAAGGAUAGCAAUACCAUUACCGGUACUGAUCAAACACUGCCAUUAUAACGUGCACCUCACUAUACCUAAAAUUUCAACUUAAUUCAGAUGUGAUCAAUUUUGAUCUUGAAAAUGUCUGAACGAUGAUCUAGUUUGACAACAAGACUAUCAGAUGUCUUGAAAUUGUGAUGUGAAAUUUGAGAUGUGAAGUUUCUAAUACCAUUCUAAAGCUAGUUACCUUUGACGCGGUUAUAGGUACAAUUCGAUACCGGUAGCUUAUAUUAGUGAUAGUGUUGAGUAAGUGGAUCAAUUUUGAUGCUAGAACAGCAUUUCAAAUAGUACCGUAUUUCAUCAAAUAUCAUCUUAAAUCUGGUUAAGUUUUUGACAUUCGGUUGAAUUUUAACCAACAUCAAUAUUUGAUUUACCACUUUUAAGAAUAUUUAAACGUCUGUGAACUUUUCACGAAAAAUACGUUUCAAAUUGACGGCUUAUAGUGUCCGGUUUUCCCAAUGUUUCCCAUUGGGCAACUUUGGACUAUAUACGGCCAGGUGGAACUACCCUUGGUUCUCCCCACACCAUUGAAAGCCACAUGCUAAUAAUAAUAAUCAAUUACGGCUGAUCAUAAAAAAAUAAUAGUAUUUCUAAUCAAAUAUGAAUUGAGACGUUAAUGGUAGGCAUCGUAGGCUACCAUAAUAUAUACGGUAUUUAAAGGAAUUGAGAUUUUCAUAGGGCAUAAUUUACCAUUCACAGUUUGAUUCAAAUACUUUGGUCACAAUUUAUAUGAGUCAUGCUGUAAAAAGGCUUCUAUUUUCUUAUUUGGGUACAUAGUUACAUUAAAUUGUCGUUAUUUCGAUUUUAUAAACUUGUGAAUUGUGAUCUACUUUACGAUAAUGAUACGCAUUAUUGAUUAUUGUGAUGCAUUUUAAUUAUUGAUGAUUGAUUUUAGAUUACGCCAAAGUGGUGUCCUAUUUUAAUUAUUUUGACUGGUUUAGAUAAGCUUGUGUAGUUUUUAAUGUAUGGAUCCUAUCAUUAAAUAUUAAAGUAAAAGACUUUUGAAGUACCGGUAUCCUA